AUGGGUAAGGCUCACGCCAGUAAUAAUUGUGAGCCGGCUCAACCGCUUCUGGGUAAGUCCGAAAAAUGCCCCGAUAAUUCAUUGGAGCCAAAUCCAGAAGCAAGCGCUAGCAUCUUCUCGAGGAUUACAUUCCUGUUUAUGACGGGUCUAUUCUACAAAGGAUGUAGGAAAACUCUCGAGGUUGAAGAUAUGUACGAACCCUUACCACAACACGAGUCCGAAGCUGCAACAGAACGAUUGUCACGAGCGUGGGAGCAUGAGCGAGAACUGGCACAAAAAGCUAGUCGACCACCAAGUUUAAUGGGUGCUAUUCGUAGAACCUACUGGAAGGAAAUUGCGCAGUUUGGGGUUUUGCUGUUCAUGGAGGUAAUUUUACUAUGUAGCAUUUUAGCAUGAAU